AUGGCUGACCAUCAAGCACGUAGUAAUCAGUACAAUUAUCAAGCGAACAGUAAUCUUGUCCUACAGGUUGACCGACAACUGGUGGACAAACGAGGGCGAAAUGAAGCGACCGGAGAAGUCAAAUCCCUUACCGGGAGACUCGGCGGGACAAAAAUGGGAGAUCGAGCCAUCCGGACGGGAAACAAAGAGAAGGAAGAAUUAGAAGAGCGCAAGAAGAAAAAGUACAGGGAGGAUGAUAAGCAGAAAAAGAAGAAGGAAAGUCAAAAGAGUGGAUUUUCUAUGUACGAUCUCGUUGGAGUUAAUUACAAGCCAACUACUCGUGAAACCCGAGAGACAUAUGAAGCUCUCCUCACUGCCAUUCAAAAUCAGCUAGGUGACCAACCUAGAGAUGUUCUCAUCGGGGCCACCGACGAGGUGCUCAUGGAGCUCAAAAACGAGAAAACAAAAGACAGAGAAAAGCGAAGUGAAAUCGAAGCUAUGUUGGGAAAACUGCCAGACACGACAUAUCAUUUCUUGUGUAAUUUGAGCAAGAAAAUCUCUGAUUACACUCAGCAAACUAAUCAAACUGCCGGUGAAGAUGUCGGCGACAUUGACGAAUACGGAGUCAAUGUCGAGUUCGACGAUUCUGGAUCAGAUGAAGAACAAGAGCGAAACUUUAUUAGGGACUCUGAAUCCGACUCAGAAGCUGAAGGUGUGGAAACAUCGACGUCGCACUUUUUGUCAGCUGCAGAUGGUGGCAAAGAAGGCGAAGACGACGGAGAGAGCGAUCUAUAUUUGAAUCCACGGGAGAUCGAUGCGUACUGGCUUCAGCGUAAACUCAACGACGUUUACAACGACUCGCACGAGUCGCAGAAGAAAUGCGAGGAGGUUCUGGCUAUUUUGGAAGCCUCGCCAGACAGACGACAAGCAGAAAACCAGUUUGUACUGUUGCUAUCGAUGGCGAACUUUAGCCUUAUCCGACUGCUUUGCGAGCAUUCAAAAAUGAUCCUUUGGUGCACCAAGCUAUCUAGAGCGAACAAGGCCGACAAAAAAGAGAUUGAAGCUCAAAUGAAAGCCGACGCUCAGCUCAAUAAGAUCCUCAAGCAGUUGAAUGACACUGACGACGGCUCAGCACCACGAAAAAAGCGAAAGCGUGAGCAGCAAGCUGCUUUCGCCGAAGCUCCGGAUCCAGAAAGUCUUGUUGAGUCAGACUUGAAACCGAAAGAAGCACUUGAUUUGGAUGAAUUGAUCUUCGAAGGAAGCAGCCACUUCAUGACAAACAAGAAGUGUAACCUCCCUUCAGGAUCCACAAGACAGACAAAGAAGGGAUACGAAGAGGUAGUUGUUCCUCCUCCACCGAAACCAGAUGCAUCUUCUGAAACGCUGGUAAAGAUUGCAGACCUACCUAAAUAUACUCACCCAGCUUUCGAAAAUUUCCAAAGUCUCAAUCGAAUCCAAUCAAAGCUGAAAGAGCCUGCUCUUGAGUCAGAUCAGAACCUUCUCGUCUGCGCGCCAACUGGUGCCGGUAAGACGAACGUCGCUCUCCUUACAAUGAUGAGAGAAAUCGGAAAGCAUAUCAAUUCGGAUGGAACCAUCAAUGUUGAUGAUUUCAAAAUGAUCUACGUCGCGCCAAUGCGUUCCUUAGUAACAGAGAUGACUGGUUCCUUCAAGAAGCGCCUGCAGAAGUAUGGAAUCGAAGUCAACGAACUUACUGGUGAUCAUCAGCUGACUAAGGAGCAAAUCAUGCGCACUCAGUUGAUUGUGUGUACGCCAGAAAAAUGGGAUAUUAUAUGCCGUAAAGGUGGUGAGCGAUCAUACACUCAACUUGUGCGACUUGUCAUCAUUGACGAGAUCCACUUGUUGCACGACGAUCGUGGUCCCGUUCUCGAGGCCCUCGCUGGUCGAAUUAUGCGCUCUGUUGAAAGUCUUAACGACGAUGUGCGAAUCGUUGGUCUCUCUGCCACUCUCCCCAACUACAUGGAUGUAGCCGCUUUCUUGCGGGUCGAUCCCGAUGAUGGUCUCUAUUUCUUCGAUAACUCUUACCGUCCUGUUCCUCUUUCUCAGCGAUUUAUUGGCGUUACGGAAAAGAAAGCACUCCGCAGAUACCAACUCAUGAACGAGCUCUGCUAUGAAAAAGCUGUUGGCCACGCGGGACAGAAACAGGUCCUUAUUUUCGUUCACUCGCGAAAAGAAACCGCGAAAACUGCAAAAGCAAUUCGAGAUCUUUGUAUGGAGCGAGAAACUAUCGGAGGAUUCAUCAAAGAAGGCUCUGCCUCUUCUGAGAUCCUCAAAUCAGAAGCUGAGCAAGUGAAAGACGCUAAUCUCAAAGAUCUUUUGCCAUUUGGCUUCGCGAUUCAUCACGCUGGUUUGAACAGAGUUGACCGAAGUCUUGUUGAGGAUUUGUAUGCUGAUAAGCAUAUCCAGGUUUUGGUCUCCACUUCGACUCUCGCUUGGGGUGUCAACCUUCCAGCUUAUUGUGUCAUCAUCAAAGGAACACAGGUGUACUCUCCUGAAAAAGGAAAAUGGAUUGAGUUGUCAGCCUUGGAUGUUUUGCAAAUGUUGGGUCGUGCUGGUCGACCUCAGUAUGAUACAACUGGUGAAGGUAUUCUUAUAACAAAUCACUCUGAACUCCGAUACUACCUCUCGCUUAUGAACGAGCAGCUCCCGAUUGAGUCUCAGAUGAUUGCAAAGCUUCCCGAUAUCUUAAACGGCGAGAUUGUUCUCGGCAAUGUUCAGAAUAUCAACGAUGCAGUGGAAUGGAUGGCUUACACAUAUCUUUUUGUGCGUAUGCAGAAAAAUCCAGAGCUAUAUGGACUCCAGGACAACUGGGAAGAUACUGAUCCUGAUCUGAGGCAACGAAGAACUGACCUCGUUCAUGCGGCUGCUGUCACUCUCGACAAACACCACCUGAUCCGAUACGAUCGUCGCUCUGGAAUUUUCCAGUCGACCGAGCUCGGUAGAAUUGCCUCUCACUACUACAUUUCUCAUCAAUCGAUGUCAACUUACAAUCAGCUCUUGAAGCCAACGAUUUCUGAAAUUGAGCUCUUCCGAGUGUUCUCUCUGUCGUCAGAGUUCCAGUUCUUGACCGUCCGCGACGAAGAAAAGCUUGAACUCCAGAAAUUAAUGGAGCGGGUUCCGAUUCCUGUCAAAGAAUCAAUCGAUGAGCCCUCAGCAAAAGUUAAUGUUCUUCUGCAAGCCUACAUCUCACAGCUAAAACUUGAUGGGUUUGCUCUCAUGUGCGACAUGACACAUGUGAACCAGUCAGCCGGUCGUCUCAUGCGAGCAAUUUACGAGAUCGUGCUCUCUCGAGGCUGGGCUCAACUCGCAGAAAAAUGUCUAUCCAUGUCAAAAAUGGUUACUAAGCGAAUGUGGCAGUCGAUGUGCCCGCUGCGACAAUUUAAGAAGUGUCCUCUUCAGAUCAUCACAAAGCUCGAGAAGAAAUCCUUUCCUUGGGAGUCAAUGUAUGAUCUGAGUGCUGCUGAGAUCGGUGAGCUUGUUUCCGUUCCAAAGAUGGGUAAGACUAUCUACAAAAUGGUCCAUCAAUUCCCCAAGCUGGAACUCACUGUCCACAUCCAGCCAAUCACUCGAUCUUCUCUCCGCGUAGAACUCACCAUCACUCCCGACUUCCAAUGGGACGAAAAAAUCCACGAGCACUCCCAGGGAUUCUGGAUUCUUGUGGAAGAUGUUGACUCCGAGGUCAUUCUACACAACGAAUUCUUUUUGCUCAAGAAGCGAUACAAAGACGACGCUCAUGUCCUCAACUUCUUCGUCCCCAUUUACGAACCUCUGCCACCUCAAUACUUUAUCCGAGUCAUCUCUGACAAAUGGCUCCAAGCUGAAACGCAGUUGCCCGUCUCUUUCCGGCAUUUAAUCCUACCAGAGAAACAUGCCCCACCUAGCGAACUUCUCGAUCUGCAGCCGCUCCCUAUCUCGGCCGUACGAAAUGAGCAUUUUGAAGAAUUCUUUGCUCAGAACUUCUCGCAUUUCAACUCGGUCCAAACUCAGGUCUUCAACGCCAUCUACGGCGCCGAUGCGAAUACUCUAGUAACUGCUCCUACAAGUGGAAAGACUGUUAUCGCUGAGCUAGCCAUUUUGCGACACCUUGCGAAUGAUGACAACCCGAGCAUCGUUUACGUUCAUCCAAAUGAGAGUCAGUGCGAACACCUUUACAAGGACUGGUCCAAACGGUUCUCCAAGCUCGGUGUUAAUGUCUCCCUUUUGUGCGGAGAAACAAAUCCUGACCUCAAGGCUCUCGCGAAACGAGGCAUUGUUAUUUCGACUGUUGAGCGAUGGGAUGUGCUUUCUCGACGAUGGAAGCAGCGAAAGGAUGUCCAGGCUGUAAAAGUCUUCAUUGUCGACGACAUUCACCUCAUAGGCGGAGACAAAGGCCCUGCUGUUGAAAUCGUCUGUUCCAGAAUGCGCUUCCUCUCCACCCAGAUUGAAAAAGAACGUCCAUUGCGAAUCCUCGCUCUUGGCUCGUCUCUUGCCAAUGCGAAAGAGCUGUCAAAAUGGCUUGGUGUCCAGUCAAGCAACGUCUUCAAUUUCCCUCCAUCAGCUCGAUCUGUGAAACUUGAGUUGCACAUCCAAGGAUUCAUGAUUUCUCACGCGCCUUCUCGCCUUCAAUCAAUGGUGAAGCCUGCAUACGUCGCCAUCUCAAGACAUGCGAAGACUCGCCCAGUUAUUAUCUACGUUCCUUCGCGAAAGCAAACGAAACUUACCGCGAUUGAUCUUUUGGCGUAUGCAGCCUCCGAUAACAAAGCAACACGAUUCCUUCACUGCGAUGAGAAUGAUCUAACUGGUCUCCUAGAAGGCAACAUUGAAGACGAAACGCUCGUCGAAACCUUGCGAAAUGGUGUUGGUUAUCUCCACGAAGGAAGCAGCUCAAAAGAAAUUGAUGUAGUUUCUCAGCUGUUUUCGAAGAAUGCCGUUCAGGUCCUCGUUUUGCCUCACAGCAUGACGUGGAAGCUAAAUCUUCCAGCGCACACUGUGAUCAUCCAAGAUACCCAAUGGUACAACGGUCGAACUCACUCAUACUCUGACUACGCCGUUACCGAUGUUCUUCGAAUGCUUGGACGAGCAGGUCGAAUAGGCGAGGACGAAGAAGGAAAGUGCAUAGUCCUCCAUCUCGAGUGGGCGCUCCACGAUCACUUCAACGCUGAAGUUGUUACCAAGACGAUCGAAAACAAACAGGAUGCAGUUGACUACCUGACGUGGACCUUCCUUUAUCGCCGAAUGACGCAGAACCCCAACUACUACAACCUACAGGGAACGACUCAUCGACAUCUGUCCGACAACUUGUCAGAGCUCGUCGAGACAACCCUAGAUGACCUGAAGCAGAUCAAGUGCAUCGCAAUUGAAAAUGAAGUGGAUGUUUCGCCACUGAAUAUGGGAAUGAUCGGUGCCUAUUAUUAUGUACAACAUACUACCAUCGAGUUGUUUUCGAUGUCUCUGACCGAGAAGACAAAGACCAAAGGUUUGAUCGAGAUCAUCUCGAACGCUGCAGAGUUCCAAAACCUGCCGAUGCGUCAUCACGAAGAUGAUAUCCUCCGACAACUGGUCCAGAAGGUCCCUUACAAACCGAUUCAGCCAAAGCUGUCUGAUCCUCAUAUCAAGGCUAAUCUUCUGCUUCAAGCUCAUAUGUCCCGUCUCGAGCUUCCCCCAGAGAUUGCCCUUGACGUUCAAGAGAUCCUGCCAAUUGCGAUUCGAUUGAUUUCGGCGUGUGUGGAUGUUCUUGCUUCCAACGGCUGGCUGAAUCCAGCACUCGCUGCGAUGGAGCUCGCACAAAAUCUUACCCAGGCCGUGUGGAACAAGGACUCUUACCUUCGACAGAUUCCUCACUUCAGCGUUGAAAUGGUCACCAAAUGUCGUGGAAAAGAUAUCGACUCUGUUUUCGAUAUCAUCGAGAUGGAAAAUGAUGAAAGAGACAACCUUCUCAAGCUUGGAGACGCAGAGAUGGCGAAUGUUGCACGAUUUUGCAACAGAUAUCCGAAUAUCGAGAUGAACCAUACUGUGGAAGACCCAGAAGAUGCUGCUACUAACAGGCCGACGAAUGUUCAUAUAACUCUUGAGCGAGAAGCCGAUCUCGCGGGAGAUGUUAUUGCGCCAUUUUACCCUGGAAAACGUGAUGAAGGAUGGUGGUGUGUCGUCGGGGAUCCGAAGAGCAAUCACUUGCUCGCGAUCAAGCACAUUACCCUCCAACAGAAAAAGAAAGUGACGCUGGAGGUUGUUCCCCAAAAGGCUGGCGAGCAGACUUACCUCCUCUACCUUAUGUGUGAUGCGUACGCCGGAUGUGAUCAAGAAUACGAGAUCAAGUUGAAUGUUGCCGAAGCCGAAGAUUCAGAUUCCGAGUCUGAAUCUUCAUCUGAUGAAGAUGAAAAGAUGGAAUCCUAG